AUGUGGAUUACCUGCAUCAGACUGCUACUACUACAACAACAACAUCAAUCAAGUACAUCAAAACCAUCAUCAUCAUCAUCAUCUGAUCAGAUUGAACAUGGUGGAACAUUAUGGAAGCAAGUUAGACAAGAGAUACAAAAUCAAAUAGAGUCAAUCAUUGGAUCAACAUCAUCAAUGUCAACGAUGUUACUACCACCUCUAGAACCAAGUUCGACUACUUCAGCCCUCCGCUCAAACAUGGACAACAACCAAACCAACAUCAUCCUAUUGGAUGAUAAUCUCUACUUCAAGAGCAUGCGAUAUACUUACUUUAAGUUGGCUAAACAAUACAACUCUGGCUUCUGUCAACUGUAUCUUCAUAAAGAUGCAUACUUGUCGAAAGCCAACAAUCAAUUGAGAUCUCUUCAAAUUAUACAGAAUAGUCCAAUCACAGUCUCUGAUGCUGUCAUUGAGAAGAUGGAUUCAAUACUUGAGGAGCCAUCUCCAUCACAUCGAUGGGAGUCCAACACAAUGGUCAUGCCAACGAUCAACUUUAUAAACGAUUCAUACAAACAGUUGGACAUACAACGAAUAUGGGAAGAGAUAUAUGGCUUACUCAAUCAACAUGUUGGUGAGGAUGAAGUGGUAGUAGAGCAACAACAAGAGAAGAAGAUACAUGAUAGGGAAGCAACAAAGAGCAAUGCGAUACAUCAACUUGACUUGGAGAUGCGUCGAACAAUCAAUCGACUAAUGACCGACAAUCCAACGUUGAGGGACAAGGGCAAGCUCCUCAGUGCGUACAAACAAUCAUUCCUCAAGCAAGUGUUUGACAUCAUUGACCAAGAACAUGGAGAGACAUUCGAACUCGAAACCGACAUCGACCAACUGAUCAAUCGAUUCAAUAAUGGUUGUUUAGACUUGUUGGAGAGAUAG